AUGAUGGUGUUCCAAGGAAGCGAGCUCAACUCGCCAAGUCCUCCGCCUCAAGUACCCACGGUUGACGAGCCCGAGGAAGAACCCAAAAAGUCCCUUCAGCACGUCAAGCGUCCUAUGAACGCGUUUAUGGUCUGGAGCCAGAUCGAGCGAAGAAAAAUGGCAGAAGAACACCCUGAUAUGCACAACGCGGAGAUCAGCAAACGCCUUGGCAAGCGCUGGAAGCUGUUAUCAGAGAGCGAGAAGAGACCGUUUGUAGAGGAGUCGGAGCGCCUUCGCAUCAGACAUAUGCAAGCUUACCCAGAUUACAAGUACCGACCCCGCAAGAAGAAACAACCGAACAAGCAGAAAAACGGUGGAGGGCAAGAAAGUAAAAACUCGUCUUCCUCGUCCGAGGGAAACUCGCGCAAGAACCCAGCAGAGGCAACAGGAACGAAGCGCGAAGCCCUCCCCGGCGCACACGCAUUUCCUGGACUGGGCUCUUCCAAGAAACACGUUAACUCGCACGCAGAACCGCCUUUCAAGAAACAGCGGCGCGAUUUCGUUUCGCCGAUCACUCCACCGCCAAACGUACCUGAUGCAAUCGGCACGACGCCCGAGGAUCCUAUAGAUCAGCUAUCCUUGUACGAUGAUUUUGAGCAGGCCUUUAAACAAGAUCAACAAGUUCCCACGAUGAACCCUAACCAACAGAUACCAAACUCUUGGCCGAGCUUAGAAUUUGGCAACAUGAACUUCAAUGGAUUGCCCGUGUCUCCUUUACUUGAUCUGAACGGGGCAAAUGGGGGACAAUUUGAUUUUCCCGAUCUAUAUACACCGCCGGAGGUGUCUGAACUUAUUCAAGGCCAAUGGCUAGAAAACUCUCUUGGACAUUUGUAGCUAGCAGAUUUCAAUUUCUGCCGUUCACUACUCUACAAGUGAGGACACUCUUUCUAACUUAUGGAAUUUCCGCUUCGAAUGAUUUUUUAUAAAAACACUGCAGCACACGAGAGGGUUUAUUUGGACCCUACGAUUUUUCUAACAGCUAAGGACACGUUUUUCUGUGUAUAUUUUUUUCGACCGAAGUUUAUUGCGUUCUUUUGUAUCCAUUGAUAUCCAUUCUCGUUUUAGAGAGCUUUUAUUACGAUAAUUGUACAAAAAAAGGAUUCUAAAUAAUUUAACAGUGUUGUAUUUUUACUAAAUUCUCUCUUUCCUCGUCGUGAGGAGUGCGUUUUAAAGUGAAUCGAAAUUGAAGAAGAGAAUAUUAUAAUACUAUUAUUAUGAAAAUUAAAACUCCGUGUGUUUAUUCUCAUAUACGCGCGCGCUCACCACACAUGGUAAAGUGCAGCUCGAGAAUAUAGACUUCUUAAACCGAAAUGUGAAAACCUCAGCACGCUAGUAAACUUACUGUUAACAAGACGCGAGUUCGCCGACAUCAGAAAUUCCCGAUUUCGGCAAGAAAUUGCAACAUGGUGUUUGGAUAGCUGCGUUCGACGCAUCGUUGAGCAAACUGAAUUUUUUAUGACCGAAGAAUAGACACUUGCGACGGGUAUUUCGGGUUAAGCGACAAGUAUCGAAAGAAAAGACAACUCGAUACGGCUUCAAGACAAUUCGAAUACUCCGGCGGCGGACAUUAUUUAGUGCAAAGAAAAUGUUCGGGUGAAAAUGGCGCGAGAUUAGUGCGCGUCUCUUGCCGUUUUGGGUGGGGUAUGACGCUGACUGCAUAUGUUUUUCACACCGCAUAUUUUAAAACUUAGCUUUCUAAGCCAUUUAAAUUUGAAUUGAAAAUGUUAAGCUGAUCAAAUUAACUCUUAUAACUCAGUAGUUGGCGGAGUUAAGAAAAAUACGCUACGGAGUGCGGUUUCCUUAUUUUUCAACGAAUUUGAUCACGUUACGGGGAACUCGGGUUUCCCCCUACUAAAACGUGUCCACUUAAAGUUUGUCAUAAAUAUUUUAUGCCAUCGUAAUGGAUCAUCGCUAGAAUCACGGGCCAGAUCACGUUUCUGAUUUCAAUAAACAAAAUGAAAAUAGCCCUUGAAACUAGCAGUUCGCCCAAAACAUUGCAGAACAUUCCGCGCACGUUUUCCUAUUUUGAAUUACCUUAAAUUUAUUUUUUUGAAAAAAAACUGACGCACGAGGUUUUGUUUACAGAAUUUGAAAAAGGCAUCACAUUAUUCCUCGUGUAUGCUUCCUUUGGCGGAUGUGAACUUAUUCAACUGCUAAUUUACAGUUAUUUGGAGCAAAGAAAAAUAUCUCGUGGGGUUAUGAAAUAGCGUGUGUUUGCGAUGGACGCGUUAUUUUGCUUUUCAAAUGUUGGCUUUCGCAAGAGCGCGCGUACAGUGGGCACGCGUCGGGACGCGAGUUAUUGUUCACGAACCAAUCAGCGCGCUGAAUUCAACACAAUCGUCAACAAUAGGAAAUAAUGGUUGGCGCGUGCGAUCAAAAUCCCACCCGUCGAUUGGUUGAUCCUAGUUGAUCACACAUGCCACUUGCAAAUUGCUCUGUCGCGGGGUUUUCCUGUUUACAAAUGGCCACUUUGCACGCUACCAUAGAGUGAUUGUUAACCGUAAUGGGCGAAUCCAGUAACUUCGUUUUAAAAAGGAUUGGCACGUACGACCUCACUGGAAGUAAACUGGGAAAGGGCAACUUCGCGUACGUCGAGCUGGCAACGAACCGCAUUACGAAAAGCAAGGUUUGUUCCAUGAGCUUGCCUUAUGAUUACAAUGCUAUUUAGAAAGGAUUGUUCGUUGGCUUAACUACUCCCAUUGUCAGCCAUUGUCACGCACUGUGGGUGUGUAGAAUGGGUAUUAUUCAUCGGUUUAAUUACGCGAGGUGACCUGUUUUAUUACUUAUCACAGUUAGUUUUGCCGCCGCUUAACUCAGCUUGGUUACAUUAUUAAAAAUCCAUCUCCUAGGUCGCCAUGAAGGUUAUAGACACGCGGAAAAUUAAAGACGAAUACGUCAAGAAGAACAUUCUACGGGAGGCUUUACUGCUCAAGAAAGUCAAUCACCCGAACAUUGUUCGACUGUAUGAGACGCUCAAACAGAACUCAAUUUACUGCAUCGUGACAGAGUACGUUCCCGGAGGCGAGCUGUUGAGCUAUUUACGAAGUCAAAACGACUGCAAAUUGAGCGAAUCACAGGCCAGGCCUUUUAUGAGGCAGCUUAUUUCAGCGUUGUACCAUAUGCAUGAGCAAGGCAUAGUACAUCGGUAAGACACUCAAAACAAGUGCAAUUUUGAUAACAUUUAAAUAAAAAAUGUAUUUAAAAAAAUUAAAAACGCCGCGGGAAUUGCUUCUUGAUUCUUUUCAGUUCAUCUCAACUUUAAAUUGUGGGAUUUCAGCCGCGUACUUGAAAACUAGAAAUUCACCAAGCCUCAAGGUGUGACUCGUCCAAUGUUUUGCAGAAGCGAUGAACCUCGUGGGUGUUAUGUUGUAUCAUAAUUGAUGCCAAGGGUUGUUAAGAUAUUAACAACAAGCCUAAAAUUGUACAAUUUUACUCGGAAGGGAUAAGAAUAAGAAAAAGCGAAAAAUUCUGUACACUUUCACCGAAAAACUGCUGGUUUUAGGAUGACAACUGGGUAACAGUGAGCCGAUUUUUAUGUUAAUCUGAAUUUGAAGUUGCUUAGAGAUCACAAAAAAGCCAGAAAAAUGUUGUUUUUUGGAAACUGUGAUAAAAAACUAUUAUAGAGGCAUACAAAACAGACCUUGAACUCUGAAGAUAUUUUACAGGCGCUUAAGGAUCAUGCUGAAACCCUCAAAACUGUUAACAAGCUGUCAAAAAAAAAGAAAACUUCUCGCGGUUCGCUUCGUGUUAAGUGGCAAAAUCUCAAUUUUGUCGAACAGCUUAUCUGUUAAUAAGUUUUUCUUAAGUAUGAAAAUCAUAAGAAAAGCUCGGAAUGGCUACAUUUGUUUUGCGUUAUACAAUACUCAAAGCCUUUGUCUUGUUAUUUGGUUCUUUCUGAAUACACGGCAAUUUUUAAUUACAUAGCUGCGACCUGUUUCCGAGCGACUGAAUAAAUUACCGUUUCUAAGAGGGGUUUUGAGAGCGACGGAAAUUUACGAUAAACGCGCAAGGAAGUUUAUUUCCUUUGGUCUCACUUUAAAUCAGACAACUUAUCUUUUUCAACAAUUACGUUAAGGAAUUGAAAUACGAGAUCCAAUCACUAUUCAAAAUUGAAAAUUAAAAGCCUUACUCAAAACUGUACAUUUUGAGCGACGAUUACAAAAAGGCCUUUUUAAACCGGUGUCGAAAACAUUAAUUAAAGGUUGUGUUUUCUGCUCUCUUUCUUAACGACGGAAAUAGAAAUAAGCCCAGAGUGUAUUUCAUUAUGAGGUACAAUAAUCGAUGUAUUGAAAAAAAUAUGACUUCCGAAAAUUUUAGACACAAUCGUUUCAACUUCUCGCGUUGUUUCUCCAAAAUGUUUAGCCAGCUGCCGAAGUGGCUUCUUAUCUACACUAUACUUUCAAAAAUGUAUUCAUUUGCCAGAAGCUUAAAUCUCCAGGCACCUUAUUAUUUUGUCUGAAAUGGGAGAUAAAAUUAACGUGUCUGUUAAUUUCUGAAAUUAGUUGACCAUCUGCCGUUUAUCCCUAAGAGCGUCAUAAAUUAUUGACGAAGAUAAUUUUUCAAGGGAAGAAAAAACACUCCAAAGCCGACGCAACAAGUGUCAGAACCUUUUCCCCGUUUAGGUUUUUGAAAAGAUUUGUCAAACUCUUCAAACAGACCAACUCAAAUCACAGUAUGCUCACGAGAAAUAGAAAGCGAAACAGCUUGUAUGAUAAGUGACAAACGUUUUUCCAGUGGAAAAAAAAAAACUCGCGAAAUAAAAUAUCGAUUGAGAAAAACAUCACACCAAUAUGAAUAUAUUCAUGUAAUUAAUUGGGCGAGCCAAUAAAUUUUUGCAAUUGUUUACGUUGAAACAAACGUAAAGACAGUUUUGAAAAUGCGCAAAAAAGCAAGAUAAAACGCUUAUUCACUUAAAAAAAAACAUGUUCGUUGAGCUCUGAUAAAUCGAGGGUGAUUUGAUUCAAAGGAACAGCGUUUUGAUCAAAUAAUUCUUAAAUAAUUUAAACAAAAUUCAUGGUCGCCUUUUUGUAUUUCAAAGAUUGUAAAAGAGAACACGCCCGUCGAUGAUAUCAAAAAAAUAUGCCAAUCAAUGUUUCUCCUAAAACACGCCCAUGUUAGAUUGCAUCCCCACUUAAUAUACAGCACCUCCGGCAAGGGACGAAAAAUAUAGGUCCAAAAUGUGUGCAUAGGAGGUGCCUGAACGGGCACCAACUAAACAUACAUUUACAUCAAUAACAUAAUGAAAAAAUAAUUAUGUCGAGGGAAUUAAGAUCAAAGGAUUAUUAUGAACACCCAUUACAUCAGUCAUCGUUCUACAAAAUGUUGUUUUACCUUAUUUGCACAUGCAAAAUUCAGAGGGAGUUUAACAUUACAACACCCAACGAGAAGAAUUGCUGAAUAAUCUGGAAUUAGAAUGCUUGCAUUUAUGCUUUCUUGCACAAAAGUUACUAAGACACUUUUUAUUACAGUAUGCGUAACAGUACCUUACUCAAAGAAAUGCUUAAAGGUUUUCAUUUGCAUCAGCGCAAAAAAGGAGGGUGUUAAUCACAUUCAACCAAAAGGGCUCAACACCAUACUUAUAUAUAUUUUUACACAGACAGGUGAUAAGAAUCCUGUUGAUGGAAUCCUGUGGUGUGAACAUUCAAAUUAAACCCUUUCACUAAGCUUCAGUUUUUCAAGGGCUGGAUAGCACUAUUUAUCCAGUGGGUAAUGCAAUUGAUUUCCCUAAUACUUAUCCACAGGAUUGUGAUUUAUCCGGUGGAUAGUGCUAUCCAUUGCUUGAACAGCCUGGGCCAGUACUUUGAAUUAUAUGUGGAUCUAACAUUUGAGUCUGUUGACCAAAUCCUUUGGUGUAACCAUUGAAAUGAAACAUCUUCAUUUGUAUGUUCACAUAGUAUUAUUUAUUUGGCACGAAGUUCUAGCUUUCAAGUCUGGGGAUGUCACCAUUCAGAUGAAACCUCUCAGGCUAGUAUUUUACAAAGAAGGGCCAUAGCAAGCCUUUAAAAACUAGGUAGGGGGACACAAAGAUUUUAGGUAUUUCAUUUUAUUUGAAAAGCAGAGGGUUUUGGGGUCCAGAGGUACCCAUUGGACUGAUCUCUGCAUCAUAAAACCAGAAAAUGUUUCACCUAGCUACAGAGACAUCAUUGUUUCAAAGCUCUGGGAGAUGAAUUGUUAUUUUCAACUUUAAUGCGUGCGUGUUUUGACUUUUUGGGGCAAAAAAAAUGGUCCCUCCACACGCUACGGCCCUGCAAUGUACCAUUUGCUUCACAAAAUUUAAAACAAAAAUCACUUUUGUUUUGUGUUUUUGCUUAUUUCAGAUCACUCUUUGGAGUGAAUUGAAGGUUUGGCACUUCCUAAGAACUUAACAGAACAAUCAUGCAUUUGCAUUUUAACAACUGUAAUGUGUUAAAAACAUAUAAUCAUUUGCUUUGUUGUGGAUUAAAUAAUAUUAUAAUGACAUCACAGACUGUUGUUGAAAAUAAAAUUACUUAAUUAACCCUCUGGAACUGACAAUUUUAACCAUUCAGGGUUUAGUUCCUUGAUGGCUGGUUAGUCCUAAUCCAAGGAUAAAAAUUCUAACCAGCAAAAAACUAUUUAUUUCAUUUUUUUAAAACUUUUUAUACACUGUUUUGGCCUGGUCAUAUUGGGUUAACACAGGAGCCAUGAGUUAAUGUAACUGGGUAUUUCAUAAGCCUUAGUUAUACAUGUAUUUUCAUUGAAAGAAACAUUUUAGUUCAAAUUUCAUUUAAACAAGGGUCUGAAUUAACAGCCUUUCCAGCAACCAAGGCCUAUUCAUUUCUCCUCUAAACAAUAUAAGCAACUUACAUCAAGCCAAUGUAACAUAUUGUAAAAAUCAACAUAUUAUUGUCUAUAAUAUUAUUUAUUUUUAUUUAUGUCCUGUACAUUCUGCACAAAUAUUUAUUAGUCACAAUAUUUGCAUGUCCUCAGUUAACCAUCCUCCUUUACAUCAUUUAUCAAAUUUGAAUGACAUUUCUGAAGUAAGAUUUACUUCAUUCAGCAUUUUUACUACUGCAAGCUGUUUUUCUCGAUAAAUUCCGUCAUAGAAUUAUACAACCUUAUUUUGUUCUUCAUCAAGAAUAUGGACCUCCCUACUUCAAGACAUCAUCUUUAUUACACCUCAGUGUUCUUUCCUCAAAAGAUCCCUUACCUAUUUAUUUAACAAUAAUUAUGUUUUCUUAAAUGUAUUUUUUAACAUUAUCAUGCCAGAUUCUUUUCAAUCUUAGUUUCUUUCUAACCAAGGCACUGAAAACAUUACAUUAACAUUUAUAUUAAUUAUACAAUACUAAAGAAUUUUAAAAUAUUUCAUUAUUCUUAAAAGUAACUAAAUUAGUAUUAUGAAAAGGAGUCUUCUCCAGAUGCAAAAUAACCAAACAGUUUGACUUGAUUUUCUUUAGAGAUCUCAAAAUGGAAAACAUUCUUCUGGAUGAGAACAAAACCAACAUAAAAAUAGUAGGUAGGAAAUAUACAAGUCAAUUUACCUUUUAAUUUUCAUACAAACCCCUGCGUAACAAACCCCUCUAUUGAUUAGACUGAAGACCCAAACAUAACAAACACUCAUUUCUGUCCGUUAUUGUGAAAUGUAAAGAAUAUACCCCACUCAGAAUGAACAUAUUAUAUGUCUGCAUUUGCAGGCUACAGGUGUUUGUUAGAUCAUUCAAGGUAAGCUGAAACAGCAAUAAUGCACUUUGCAAUGUAAUAUGCUUUUUUAUUUGUUUACAACAACUUACCACUUUUCUUGUAGACUUUGGUCUCAGUAAUAUCUGCCGUGGAGACGAUCUCCUCAAAACACAGUGUGGCUCUCCAGAAUAUGCUGCACCAGAACUCUUCAAGCGUGGCUGUCGAUAUGGAACAGAAGUUGACUUGUGGAGUCUGUGAGUAAACGACAGACUAUUUUGCCUUAGGUCCAAACUGAUUCCAAUAUGUUAGCUCUAAUCUGGCACAUAGAGAAUACAGUUAUGUAAAAACUUAGAAUUUUAGACCUGAUUCAUCUCCAUCAAAAAUAAUUAUCACAUGUGAGGGAGAUGAAUCCAGUUUCGAAUUCUGUCAAGAAUUUUGGGGAAGAUGCUGUGAUUAUAGGUCCUAAAAACGAAACAUAUUUUACAGCUAAAUUUCUCCAUCUAUCAAUUAAUUAAUCUGGGAGCUGGGUUGCCUGGAUGCUGUGGAAUUAUUAAUAAGGUAUGAUCACCCUUGAGAGAGCAAGGGUGGCACAGUUAAUAAGUGCGUGGACUUCGGUGCGCAAGAUCCUGAGUUUGAUCCCCGACGACAUCACAUCCUUGUUUCAACUUCUCUCCUUUCUGUGCUUUAACUAGCUUUAAAUACCCUUAAAACAGAGCACUGAUGGAGAGAGGGGGGUAAAAUGAGCGCACCAUCAACCUCAAGUUAAUCAGUUUUAGAUACUGUCAUGAGUUAUUGAAGAAAAAUAUUUUUGCUUUACCCUUUCAAUUUACCAGGGACACAAAUCAAGUGAUGAAACAAAGUAGGCUCAAUCUACACCUUCCUUUUUUUUUGUCUUUCAGUGGUGUCAUCAUGUAUGCCAUUGUAGUUGGAAGGCUACCAUUUAGGUAAGGGUUUAUCCCAUUAAUGGAGUUGACCUAGUAAUGGCUACUCUCAGAUUUCCCAAUGGUUGCAGACCAAUGCACAUAGGAUCUAUUGUUGACAUGUUUUUUCCUCAUUAACGGGGCGCGGAUCUAGGAUACAUACUGACCGAUUUGCUUAACGAGUGACAAAGGCUCAAGCUUCAAGCUUCUAAGGGGAAUCGGGGGCAUGCUCCCCCAGGGAAUUCUUUGGAUUUUAAUCCCCCCUUUCCUUUCCUGUGUUUCUGAGUCAUUCAGACAGGAUAUUGGCCACUUCCAUUCCCCUCGGGUGAAGCCCUGCAAAUUAGCGAAUUAUUUCAUCUCUCAUUUUCAACUUGGACUUGCUUUUUUUGUAUCAAAAAUGCAUUAUAUUUAUCAUGAAAAAUCAGACCAAUUUCCAUAAAACAAUGGAAACGGGUGUGGAUCUGCACCUGUUAACAUAAGUGUCAGCUCUGAAAAUUUAAAGACAAUGGCACAAUAAUAUAUUAAUGGCAGUCGCUGAAAAUUUCAGUCCAACAUAUGAGAAAUUCUUUUUUAAAAUAUGUGAUCAAAAAUACGCAAAAAAAGAAUAAAUGUAUGGACUUCUACCAGUGGUAAAUUUUGCAUUCUCUGGUGACCAUAAUAAUUUCUUAAGUGUUUUGUACAAAUAGCUUAAAACUGCCAAGGCUACUAAACUGAACAUUAGCUCUAUCACUGAUCAGCUAUCACUGAGUGAGCUAUCACUUCCUAUUUUUAUGAAUUGCAACCCCCCAAGUUAAAGUUUUUGCUCGGUCACCAUUUGGCAACCAACCCUUUUGGUUCAGGGAAGCUUUUUUACAAAUCAAGUCGCUGGCUCCAAAAUGUUAGGUGCCAUAGCGACCAAAAUGGUCACAACUUGAAGGGUUGAAUUGACCCAUUUUGUCUUACCUCAAACAAUCCGAAAAUGUGCGAUCCCAUUCUAGAAACUCUAUUGAAAAUGUGACACCAUCCAGCGCCACAUCCCCAUUAGCCUCUCGUAAGGAAGUACACCCCCCGGGAUGCUGAAGUCAAUUUUUAGAGCGUGAUGUCUUUACUGAGCUUUAGUAAACGUAAGCUUAUGCUAAUGAAGAAAAAUUCAGACAACGAGUCAGCGACUCCAAAAAGGAUUGGCAAAUAUCAUAAAUUUUGAGCUAAAAACAUUACAUUUCACUCUUUAUAGCUUUCAGGGACAGAAUUCAAACUGGCGCAAACUAAUUCAAAAUAAUUAAGUGCAGAAGUCGAGUGUAAUUUGGUAUAAUUCACUAAUUCAGAAGUGAAAAACAAAAUUUGUCCAUGUUUGGUUGUGUAAGAGAGAAAUUACAGCCACUCUCAAAGAAAUGUAACUGAAAUCUUACCUCAUCUUGCCUCAGGAGAAUCGCUCUGUUAUUCCCGCCAGGCGUUCCAAGAGCCAAGCGACCGCGCAUACCAAUACACAGGGGGCCGUUUCUCGAAAGUCCCGAAGGGCCCGGUAAGCCGUCCCCGUUUACAUUUAAGAUCGAGGUCUCAAUAUUUUUGCAUCUAACAUGAUGAAACUAUCAGUUAAUGAAACAAAAUGGAGUAGUUUGCUAGCCAGGACCGGCGCUCUUAUUCUUUAUAUUUCGAUUUGAAUAUUUGAUUUCGGGCCCGAAAAGUUACCGGGACUUUCGACAAACGGGCCUCUGCAGGCCCGGUGGCCACUGCCACAAUCGCGGGAGCUCAUGUCGUCACGCAACGCUCCAUCCCUCAUAUCCUUCACAUGAAAACAGAAAUUUGAGCGAUAAGCUCGCCCCCCAUUCCCCUGGGGAUGACUCACAUAAGAUAGAAGGGGAUGGAGGCAAGCUUAAUACCAUAAGGAAAAACCACGUAGAUAUAACUGACUGGUUGGGGGGUCAGAUCUCUUAUUAAAGAGAUGCUGUAGCCAGACGUUACUGGAUGUGAAAAAUUAUGAUGAUGAUAAUACCCUUUUUAAAGUGUCAAAAACUGUAAUAGUGGUGUAUAACCACUAAGUGGGGACACUAAAAUAAGUUUAAAAAGAAUAAAUCAAUAAAUUAAUUAAUUAAAAAUGGAAAAAAAAAACAGAAUAUUUAAAAGAAUACAAAUCAAAUAGAAAAUUUAGGAGAACUUUUUACAAAACUGAAUGGCUGGAACUACGACAAAGGGCAGAAAAUUUUUAAAUUUAACAAAAAACCUUUUAGGGAAAAUAUUUUUUAACGGCUCCUAAAAUUUAAAUUUAAAAUUUACAUAAGUGGUUAUUAAUUAACUACAUUUAUAAAUACUAAUUAGAAUAAUAUACAGUUAAAAAAGAAAAAAGAAAUUAAACAGUUCAAUGUUCAGUCCUUCGGUUCAGACCGUCUGGUGAUUGGGUUUUGCCUCUAUCUAUGAGGUACGCUUCUCUUGCCUUACAGCGUGGCGCGUGACAUGCUGAGAGUGGGUUGCAAUUCCAGAAUGGAAUAAGUUCCAUAUCUGCGAUCGAGUGGCCAGUUGAUUAAAGUGGGGAAGGGACUCGGCUGCUGUGGUGUUUGCGUGGAGUGGAUUGUUUGUUGCCUGUCUAUGUUAUUUAAAGCAAUUAAUGCAAACACAAAGUGUGCGUUUAGUUUCACCUAUAUAUUGUUUUUUUACAUCUUUUACAUUGGAUCAUAUAUGUUAGGUUUGUUUGUUUUGUUGUUGUUGUUUUUUCAUUCUUCUUGGGCUCCUGAUAACAUUUAUUUUCUUGCAAAGGAUAUAUAAAUCAUUACAUCAACCGAGUAAGACCUACCUAAACCGACACCAAAGUAAAAUUUUGAUUCCUGGCCUGAUGUAUCCUCGGAGACCCAGGGGCAGUUAGUCCAUGUAUAAGACAACAAUAAAUGACGCUUAUAAUAAUAAAUUGCUCGCAUUUAUUACUAGAACAAUGCAGCGAAAUUUGUUACGAAUCAUUUUUCUUCCCAGAAGCCCUCACUACGGUAGCAGAGGUCGGAACGAACUGAUUGAGCAAACAUCUCGUGGACUGUCUUGCAUGCACAACAAAUAUCUGGUGCGUCUAACCCAUCGUAAGUACAAUUUUAUGCCUUACCGUUUUCCUCGAAUCUUUUGUUUCAGUUCCUCCCACCCUCCCAACCAAAGCAAGAACAACGGUUUGCUUGGAAACGUGCUCUUUUUUUUCUGUUCGUUUUCGAUGUUUGGCUCAUGGUGGAGAGGCAAUACUAUAAAAUAACAUCAAGAUGAAUAGCCUUAUGGACGUAAAACUUCGUGUUAUGAGACACAACCCGCGUCACCAUGGGGUAUGCAGUGAAACAUUGGUUCCCAGUGAACUCGUUUCUUGAUUGGUUCAUUUAACUCAUGUUUAACUGUACCACAAAGCAAAAGAUUUAUCCAAGAAACAAAACAGGCUUUCAAAAGAGUUAUAUUUCUAAUCGACAGAUUGCCGAGAUUUACUAGCAAAGCUUCUCAAACCGAGGCCUGAGCUGCGCUUGCCGCUGCUAGAUGUAAUGGUGCACCCCUGGGUAACUGUACAAGGAACCUCGCCUUUAGUACCUUUCACAGAACAACCCAUUGACGAGAAAAUACAGGAUAAGGUAAGUCACUGGAAAAAAAAAACUAAAUACAACAAUACUUUUCCCAAAAGUGUUGCAUUUUUAUUUUAUUCUAUCCGGUCAGUUUUCAAUUUUUCGUCACCUUGAACUCAUGAAGGAAAACUACUAAGAACGGAAACAGCUCAACCUGGAAGACGCUUCUGGAACUUUCAAAAACGCUGUCCCACUCUUGAGUAUUUUUGUAUUCAAAUUUACUAACGUCUAAUUUUCUAAAUAAACAAUACGUUUACUUUGUGAGUACGAAAUAAGUUUUCAAGAAAGUUCUAGUGUACCGAAACUUACGAUAAACAGUUCCCGUAGAGCGGUGCACAAAUACAAUUAUUUUAAGUCACACUUGAAUAUUUACAUUGCCUCAGGUUUUAGAAAAAGUCUCACAGCUAAUCAAAAUCCACAAGUCCAAGAUUGCUCUACAUGUUCACCAGAAAAGGUACGACGCCAUUACAGGUGUUUAUAAUCUUCUCCUUGACGAAGAGCUGAAAUGCGCCUCCAAAUCUAACAACGAGAGACGAGUACAGAGAGAAAACACUCGGGCGAAUUCUGUGAUCAAGGUCUCUAUCAAGUCUACUGCAAUUGAGACUGCUAACCAGAAGACUGGUGACCAAAAUAGAUUACAGGACUCUGAGAGCUCGAGUAGGUCUGAAGGCCAAGACUCGCAACCUGAGGCAGAGAAAGACUGGGAACAAACUACCACGCAGAAACCAAUAAUUUCCAAGCCACAGUAAGUUGGAUAAAAAUAAAUGUCACGUUAAAAGUACUAGCAGUCGUCCUGAGAUGUGUUUCUAUUUCUGUCUUUCUUUAUUUAAACAUAUUUUACAGGCGAAGGUUGCCCUAAGAGCAGCUAAGAGGAACAAAACUCAUCGAGAGGGCUCACCUCUGGUGUUUAAAAGCGUUGUAUAUGUAAUAAUUUUGAUUUUUUCGUUUUCCUCUUUUAGGGAAAAUCUCGUCGAAAGACUGCUUGAGGUUAGUGGAUCCAUCGUUUAAUAUUCAGUAGAGACCAUUAAGAUUGUGAGACGAGUACUAUUACGAGUACGAGAUUUUCUCAAUACUAAAUAGUGCUUAAGAGUGAACCAGCGUCAUUUUGGCGGGAAAACAUGAUUGCCGUCGUCAUUCUACGACGAGUUUUAGCGAGAAUGUCUUGGUAAAGGAAACAAGUUAUAAAGUGUUUAAUAGAGGUUUUAUUAUUUUGCGGCCGGGAAAUGGCUUAACCUUCUUCAGUAAAGAUAACAGUGCUAAUUUUUUUGGUGAAAAAGAAGUGCAAUGAAGCUUCCUGGGGUGUCUGUUAUUUGAAAAUACGCGAAAAAACUUUAAGUCAAAUGGUACUCGUAGUUUUUCUCGGCUUAGAAUCUAAAGGUGUCUAGUAAUUCUUAGCCUCAUUACUUUCUUAAAAUAAAGAAAUAAUUGUGCCGCCGACCCGGCUGUACAGAUCCUGUCCUACUUUGAGGCCUCGUUUAUAUGGAGAAACGAGCGCUGGUUUACACAAUCAGAGCAUGCGCGAGGGCUUUUGGCUCGGGCAACAGGCAAAGGGGUCAACUUUUUCCUCAUAUUUACUCUCGCUAAAGUUGACUCGGCCUUAAGGGUGACUCUCCUACCCGGGGUAGGUUUUCCCCCUAUGAGAGAGGCCUAACUGAUCACAAGAAUUAAAAGCUAAUAGUCGCAACCUGGGAAACGGUAUUUUUGCUUACCAUUAUUCUGUUAUAAAUCUAACGGUUCGUUUAAAUUAUAAUAAUAAUAACAAUAAUAAUAAUUGCGUUAUUUUUACCCUCGGCGGUAUAUAUAGCACUAAUGCUAGCAGGGCCGAGCAAAUGACUGAAACAAAUAUUCAAAUCAAACAUAACGGGGUUAAGAAUCCCAACUGGCCGGAGGCAAGCCAGCUGACUAUUUACAAACGUGGUCGAGGAUCUGAACUCGGCACUUCCUUGAACAAAUCCAGUUAACGGUCAGGGCGGAACGUGAACUCGGGGCCUCCAAAAUACAAGUAGCGCUCUUACAGCUCGGCCACGCUCCCUUCUAUUUUAUUUGAAAAGUAUGAGGCAUGUAGUAUACUACUGAUUUCAAACGCUUCGUAGCAAGCAUUAGAAUGAGACGGCACAAAGUUUAGGACACCUUAAGUUAUUUGCUUGGGCAACAAAUGUGCACAGAUAAGAGACACUAUUUUCAAAGCCAUUUAACUCAUAGUGUCGUUAGCCUCCCACGCAAACGUUCUUAGGGGUUCGUCACGCGUUCCUACCCCACGAGAGAGGAAUGAUUGCGUGACGAACCCGUAAGAACGUCUGCGUGGGAGGCUAAUAGUGUCGUCUGAUUUGUUUAUUUUCUCAGGGUUUGCAGAUCAAGGCUAUAAAGAUGUGCUCUUUUGAGGAGCGCGGACUAUCUAACAGCCACACCCACGCUAACACACGCCCUAACAGCGCUACACCUGCCCGGACAUACAUAGAAAGCCCUUUGAAACCAACGAGUGGGCCACCUCGAGCCUGGAAAAGAGCAAAUAGGGCAAGGUGUAACUCAUGUAUCCCUCGGUUUGCCCCGAAGUUUGACAGCAAGUUACACGGAAAGCGUGUUGUAAUGUCCCCACGAAGGAGACAGGAGCCCGAGUGUUUGGCUUCACAGUGGGAAUCUAAAUUGAGCGCACUGAUCACUGAAGUAGGCGAGGAAGGAUGUAGCCAUUGUGAAGACUUGAAAAGUACCGCAAGUUCUUCGGGCGAAAAUUCACCAGAAAAAAAUUCUACCGAAGUUCAACCCGAGAAACCCGAUGCGCAACUCGAGUUCGGGGAGAAAACUGAAAUCAUGAGCCAGGAAAACUUGGGCAGCUCCUCAGGACGCAUGGGCCCAAAGAACUGUCAUUUAAAAGAUACCCCUGGGUUGAAACCAAGCCCGGAGACGAGUAAAUCCGAGGGAAAACAGACUGCUCAGAUACUUCAAACAAGCCCCAAGUCUGUGACCUCGAAAAGGGUUAUUUGGUCGCACAAAGGAAUGCCUCCAUCUUCACUGGCCUCACAGACAAUUAAUCGAGCUGUGUCGCCGCUUAGAGCAAGCCAGUUUGUUGAUCUUACCGAUUAUCACAAACACGUCCCUCAGCCGCCGAAGGCUCGUAUUGCGGGGCAGCUGGGCUGUGGUACAAAACUGGGGUGUAAAGAAGGUGAAGACGAAGGACAGAUUAACAGGUAAACUCUUUCACAACGGGUCAAACCCAAAUAAAAAAUCAAAGAAAUAACUCCACGCGUAUCAGGAAAAGGGGAUCAAAUUCAUGAAAACAACAGGAUUUGUCGCUCUGGUGUUGAAACGGCUAUAUCUGGUCAUUUUUAAAAUGGCCAAAACAAUGGCGUAGCCUACACCAUACAAAGAACAAUUAGAACUCCAUGCUGCCGUUAAAGGUGGGGUAAAACAAGAAACAAAAACGUGCAGCUUGUUUUGUAACAUUGCUGCAAGACGAGUCGAAAAGGAAUGUUGCACGUUUUAACACCCACGUUCAAACCCGUCUGGCAGCAAACCAGGUUGUUUCAGUUUGCGAAAAGUUGUUGCAGAAAGCAGAGAGUGAGUUGCCUUUUGCAACAAAACCUGUACAUGUUGCGCGUUUUACCGCACCAAGGUAAACUUGUUUUGCGGCAAGUGACGUAAACCCCGUGUAAGGUAAGACUCUCGGGUAAUUUCAUCCAAUCAGACGACAGUGUUAAAGCAAAUUGAAGCGCCCUGAUUUGUCUUGGGUUUGAACGCGGGUGGUAAAACGCGCAACUCCGUUUUCAACUUGUUUGCAGCCAUUUUUGUUGCCUGAUUUACCGCACCUUAUUAAGGGCGCGGAAACACGUAACGGUUGCUGAACGCGGGAAAGCUGUGACGGCAGCAAAGCGUUCCUCAGCGAGAUUAGCACGAACGUUUGAGGCACAAACUGAGAAAGUAUCACACAGAAUUGUUUGCUAUUUACCACAUUAGCUAUGCUUGGGGGCUUGAAAAAGGUCUUAUAACUGAGCCAGGUCAAUGAAGAAAGUAAUAUAGUAACUUAAGAUAAAUUUGUGAUUUUCAUUCGCAGUUUCUCUGCAGCAUACAACUCUUACCUCAAGAUCAGCAAACCACAACACCGUCGCCUGUCAAUAAUGCAAGCGCAAGAAAUUCUCCAACACGAGUCUAAGUUUCAACUCAAAUAUGGCAGAAAACUGAACGCCGCAGAAAUUUCUACCAGUAACACUGACUCAAACAAGUCUUCCGAUAACCAGGUGUCACGCCUUGAUAACGCAAGCAACAGCACGCAUGCGUCCGUCCCUGUUGCAAAGAAAUCCAAUAAACAACAGUACAACAUUCCUAAGCCUGGUUACCUCAAAGGAGUAAAGCUUCACGGAGAUCAGAGAGAAAUUAUCCUUGACGGUGUGAAACAAGAAAUAAUUUUCGAAAAACAAGCUGCGCCAAGCCAAGAUCGUCUUGUAGGACCAAAUCUGUCGGCUGAAAGAGGUUACAACGAAGAAAGCAAAAUAAAGAACGAAAGCGAGAAGGGUAACGAAAUCCAGGUACAUUCAAUUGAUAUUUUGCCUCGACCGACUCGGCCAUCACCCGAGGCCGGUUUCAAUCAUCCGACGCCCGAAACCCGACUAAACCCAAAACAAGAAGAAUCCCUGAAGAGACAAAAGGAAAAGGAACAAACGGAAAACCACGAGCGAGAAAAAAAGAAAUUUCUAAAAGAACUGGAGGACCAACAACGUCAAAAAAUGAUCACAGAAUAUCUUCAGCACGUUUAUUCACAAUAUGGCCGAUCACAGCCCUCGCCUCGUGCUGUGAACAAACCAGAGCUCAAUCCGCGCACCUGUAAAGUAUCCAAACGAGGGCGCGUUUAUUCGGUGACCACUCGUCCCGCGGAGAAACCGGGCUCCGACGCACCGCGGGUCAUCACCAGGCCAACGUCCAUUCUUCACCAGGCCUCCAAAGGAGCUCAAGGGGAUAAAAAAAUCGUUUUCAAAACUCAGACGGGAGUAAAGGCUACUAAUGGUGUGAGGUUUGUUAAUGACUGGAACAACAGCGUGUUUACAGAGUACAUAAACAGCUCCGACGUCGACACAACCGACGGGAAGGAAAACGACAAACUUCAGGUACCGUAAAUAAUUUUGUAGUCAGAUGGAUGGCAGAAGAGUUCGUUUUUCAGCUAAUUUAUAUAAUUCAAUACCCAAAUAUUGAUGGACAGUAUUAAAGAAAAACUUCUAUGGCAAUACACUCCGCAUUUAGUGUGAUAUACCGUAGAAUUUAUAAGUUAAUCUUUUCAAAGAGAAAGUCACAAACCAACCUCGUCCCCAGGGCUUUUCCCUCAAAAGGGAAAAGCCCUGGGGACGAGGUUGAGUCACAAACGUCACACAUGUGACUUUCAACAGUGUUAAAUUAGGAAAAGUUAUUUAGCUUUCAAAAAAUUUCAUACAAACCAUUGAACUUUCCAACACCUGCACUUAUGUAGUUAUACGGUCUCUAACAGUACGCUUGAAGAGUUUCUUAAUUCAUUAAGUCGAAAACGUGAAAACAGUUUUCAAAUGAAAAGUGAUACAGAACCUCAUCUCUAGCCUGAGAAAAUACCGUAAAAUUCCGAAAAUAAGCCCCUCCAUGUAAAAGUUCCUCCAAAUAUAAGCCCCCCAAACCGGUAACGCAAAAAACCCUCCGUUAAAUCGCCCCUCCAAAUGUAAGCCACCCGGGGGCUUGUACUUGGAAAAUUGCCCUCAAAUACAAAGUAAAACAAAGCAAAGACGGUACAUUUACUUCCAACUAUAAGGCUAGCCCAACCUAUUUUGAAACGCAAAUAUCCCUCCGUAGAUAAGCCCCUCCAAAAAUAAGCCCCUCAAAAAGGGCCUUUGAAAAAUAUAAGCCCCAGGGCUUAUUUUCGGAAUUUUACGGUAGCCGACAUUUCGCGACGCAAACAUUGGUUUCCCCGCGAAAUGACGUCAGAGAAAAGAACGUAGGAAUUCCAGACAUGGGAAGCCAGUGCCUCUGAUUGGUUGAAAAUUUUGAUUCAGGAGCACUAUUGAGAUCUGGGCAGUCAGGCAGAAAUUUCUGCUCUCGUUUCUCAGACGUUAUUUCGUAGGGAAACGAGUGAUGGCAUCGCGAAAUGUCGGAUGGUUUCUCAGGCAACUAUAUAUCUUAAAUUGUUUUAUUUGUGCGGCAGGUAAAAGACGCAAGUUUUUGGUUGGAGCAGCACCUAAAUGGCGUACUGGAUGAGACAACAGUCACUAGGAAAGACCUUCACAACUACCAACAACUUUAUAUACCUAGAGAGACUUGAACAAAAUCACGG